AUGGCUGCAGCAUGCUAUAUGACAGAUGAGGGUCCAUGCAGGAGGACGUACUGUGGCCGGGGUCGGGAGUGUGUGGUCAGGGAGGUAACGGGCCGUGCCGAGUGUGUGUGCCAGGAAAGCUGCCACACUUCGUUUGUGCCUGUGUGUGGCUCUGACGGACGUUUUUAUGAGAACCACUGCGAGCUGUACCGCACCGCUUGCCUGCAGCAGAGGAGAAUCUAUGUGGUCCACAGCAAAGACUGCUUUUUCAAAGGCAACACGUGCACCAUGGCGGAGUACAACAAGCUGAAGAGCAUGCUGCUGGACAUGCAACCCAGGACCUCCACGGACGGGCAAGCAAAUGCCAUGGACCAGAGGAAGAUCCUGGUGGACACAAUGUUCAAGUAUAUAGACAGAAACCAGGAUGGCCGUCUGAGCAGUGAGGAGCUGGCAGAGAUAUCCAUAAAGGAGCAUUUGGAAAAUAUCUUAUUGGAGUGCACCAUGCAAGACCUCCUGCGUUACGAUGAUUACAACAACGACGGUCACCUGACCCUUCAGGAGCUCUACACGGCCUUCCAGGUCGUUCAGCUCAGUCUAGCCGAUGACAAGCGUCUGAGCAUCACAACAGUGACCGUCGGCCUGAGCGCUGUGCUGUCCUGUGCCAUUCAGGGCACACUGAGACCGCCCAUCAUCUGGAAGAGGAACGGCAUCAUCCUCAACUUCCUAGAUCUAGAGGAUAUAAAUGACUUUGGCGACGACGGCUCGCUCUACAUUACUAAGGUGACUACGAUUCACAUGGGGAACUACAGCUGUCACGCGGACGGCUAUGAGGAGCUGUUCCAGACCCACGUGCUCCAGGUGAAUGUGCCUCCAGUAAUCCUGGUCUAUCCGGAGACUCAGGCCCAGGAACCCGGCGUCGCUGCCAGCUUGCGCUGCCAUGCAGAUGGUAUUCCAAACCCUAAACUCACCUGGCUGAAGAACGGCCUGGACCUGCAGCCGCACGCAUCCAAGCAGAUUUCACUUCUCGCGAAUGGCAGUGAGCUUCACAUCGGUAGUGUGCGUUAUGAAGACACUGGUGCUUAUACCUGCAUCGCUAGAAACGAGGUCGGUGUGGAUGAAGACAUCUCAUCUCUGUUUGUGGAAGACUCGGGACGCAAGACACUGGCCAACAUUCUCUGGAGGGAGGAAGGGCUCAGUGUGGGGAACAUGUUCUAUGUGUUCUCCAGCGAAGGGAUCACCGUACUGCAGCCCGGCAACUGUGAGAUUCGCAGACGCAUCCCGCGGACAGAGAGGAUUCUGGGUAGUUAUGACGAACUGUGUCCCAGAAGCACGGAGUGUGUAUGGGCGUCAGCGGUCAGCGUGAGGGACAAGUACGUGUACGUGUCUCAGCCGCUUCAGAACAGACUGCUGCUGAUCGACACACAGGCUCAGAGAGUCGUGCAGGCUGUGGAAACGGACGCCAUGCCCGUCAAACUCUUCUACGACAAAUCUCAUGAUCAGCUGUGGCUGUUGAGCUGGAGAGACCUGCAGAAGUCCCGCUCUACACUGCAGGUGAUCGCUUCUGCCAGCGCGGUGGAGCAGCGUCAGAUCAUCCGUACUCCAUUUGAAAGAGUGGAGGACUUCUACAUCCCUCCCACCAACCUCAUUAUCACCCACGUAAGGUUUGGCUUUGUCUACUUAAAAUCGGAGCCUGCGGUGCAUAAAAUCGACCUUGAGACCCUCCGUCUCGUCAAGACCAUCAGUCUGAAGAACUACAGCUGUAUCCCAGCCAGCAUGGCCUACACUCAUUUAAGCGGCUACUAUUUUAUCGAGUGCCAAGUCGAGGACCGUUCGGCCCCGAGCUCACAGCUUCUCAUCGACAGCGUAAGCGACGCGGUCAUUGGACCCAAUCCCAACAUCAACGGCCAGCCGUUCAUCUCUCCAGAUGGCCGCUUCGUCGUCUCCGUGGACAAGCGACACGGAAAGCUCCAAGUCCAGACCAUCUCCUUCAGCGGUGAGUUGCGGACCGGCCACGAAGCGGACGUCUCGAUUCCCCUCGCAGACUUGGAGUUUCAGCCGUCCUUCACGGAGGCAAACCAGUACGUGGUCGUGGCCUCUUCGGCCCAGGGCUCGAAGCUAGUUUUCUCGGACCUGGCAUCGGGAAGAACGAAAGCCCUGGAGAACGUCAAGGAUCCAAUCCCGGCCACUAGCUGGCCUUGGGGAGACGCCAAUAGGGUGGUGGUCUCCAGCGGGGUGUUUGGACACUACUUGGUCACGUCAGCGGCCGAGUCCCUGUUCGUUCUGGACGGCAAACAGAGCGGCCCUCACUGUGAGGUGUCAGACGUCAAGAGAGGGAACACAGUGGUCUGGGUGGGCGAGGUAUGAGCGGCGUACCGCGGGACGGUUCUGCAGAGGAUUGCGUCGGCCGACUCGGCCAAAGCUUGGGAAAACCUUUAAGGGAUGCGAAUGGACUCGAUCCUAGUAGUGAGUUAAAUGAACACAUGCGGGUUUCUGUAUAGGUACACACACAUACACACACAGUCAAUGACAAGAAACCUUAUCCAACAAGGGAACGAACGAAGACACCCUUCAGUGCAACAGUGAACUAAUUUGAUGAUUUUUUGCACUUCCUUGUUAGCAGAAAUAGCGUUAAGCAGCAGACAGGUUAGGUGAUGACUGAACUAUGCACAAUGCUUUUUAAAGUUUGAGUGUUUUUCUUUUUUUCUCAGUGUGUUCACUAUAGUCACUGCAGGAAAUGUGUCCACAUCAGCGUCAUGUCUCAUUUUUGUCAAUGUAGAAAACUGUGUUGUUUGCUUCGUCCCAGUGUUUCUGAU